AUGGACGAGAAGAACGCGCGUCUGCGGGAGCUAUGCGAAGAAACCGACGGCUUUGUCCAAACAACCCAUCUCUCGCGAAUAAUUGAAGACCCCGUCAUACUCAAAAUGGCGAUCGAUACGCUGGACAAAGAAAACACCGGAAAGAUACCCUUUCAAAAGCUAGAAAACCUGCUUCAAUUCUCCUUUUCCGAGCCAUCUGAUCCAGUAAGAAGCUGUAGCUCAAGCUCUGAUGACCCCGAGCGAACCUUCAACGAGUACGAUUACAAGUCGGAAGGCGAAGGGGAUAUUCUCGGCUUCCCUCAAACACCACAAAAGCAGAAUAAAAAGUCGACGAGUAGAAUGAGAAAGCCAAAAAUCAAGUACGAAGAUUCGUCAAUUCAAGACUUGACCCAGCAGGUCAACCUGAUGAAAAGACAAAUCUUUCAAAUAGAAGAAGCAGAGCAACUAAAAUCAGAACAAUUGGAAAACGCAAAAGUCGAGAACCUGAUGCUACGUAACAAAUUACUGGAGUUAGAGGAGUUUCUCCGAGAUGUCGAACAAGAUCGCGACCGAUUUCGCUCGGAAAACGAGACUUUACUCAGAAACACAAAAAAGUCCUUUGAAAAAGAACUUUCUUCAAAAACGGAAAUCCUCGAAUUGGAAAAGAACCAACUCUUGAAAAACUUGGAAACGAGCAAAAACGAGCUGGAACUUGCCAAAUCAAAGAACGAAAAACACAAAAAAGAAAUCAACGAACUCAAAGAAAAAGUCGACGAAUAUCAAUCAAAAAGCGCGGAGCAGUUUGAAAAGUAUCAAAAACUCACGGAAAAAUCAUGCGCAGAAAGGGAGACCCUCGAGGAGCAUACAAGAGUGCUGGAAGUGGCACUAGAAGAGCUCAAGUUAUCACUAGAAAAAUCAGCGCAAGAAAAACAUUUGCUUGAAGAAAAGCUCAAAAUCGCUUCUCAAGAUUCUGCUGAUAUUCCUGUCUUUCAAGAAAGUCCAAAAAACGAUUCGCUGGUUGAAUCGCUCAAAAACGAAAUCGACGAUUUGAAGCAUGAGCUUCUUUCGGCCCAAGUUACGCAGGCUCGUUCCUUGAUUUCGGCUGAAUCAUCGAUAAAAGGCUCAUCCUCUUUCGCCGAAGAACUUGCCUCCUGCGCCGAGCCAGGAUUAAAGGAAAAGUACGAGACGCUGGAACAGACACACGAAGAGGUGAAAAAGUAUCUGGACAAAAUCCUGACAAACGUUAUCGAACGUGAUCCUACCCUGCUCAUGGUUAACCCGUGA